AUGGCGCUGCUCGCGAUCCAUUCUUGGCGCUGGGCAGCCGCGGGAGCUGCUUUCGAAAAGCGCCGGCAUUCAGCAAUUCUGUUUCGGCCGCUGGUUUCUGGGGGCGGCUCGAGUCGGCAGUGGAGGCUGGGUCAGCGUGGCGCAUCAGGAAGUGCUCGUAAGCACCAGAGCCCAGAAUUGUUAAGAAAUAGCACAUGGCAGAUAUGGGGAAAAGAUAAUUCAAGACAGUUAUUAGAUGCUACAAAGGCUCUCCAGUCAUGGCCACUGAUAGAAAAGAGAACAUGUUGGCAUGGUCACGCAGGAGGAGGACUCCACACAGACCCAAAAGAAGGGUUAAAAGAUGUUGAUACUCAGAAAAUCAUAAAGGCAAUGCUUUCUUAUGUGUGGCCUAAAGACAGGCCAGAUCUACGAGCUAGAGUUGCCAUUUCCCUGGGGUUUUUAGGAGGUGCAAAGGCCAUGAAUAUUGUGGUCCCCUUCAUGUUUAAAUAUGCUGUAGACAGCCUCAACCAGAUGUCGGGAAACAUGCUGAACCUGAGUGAUGCACCAAAUACAGUUGCAACCAUGGCAACAGCAGUUCUGAUUGGCUAUGGUGUAUCAAGAGCUGGAGCUGCCCUUUUUAAUGAAAUUAGAAAUGCAGUAUUUGGAAAAGUAGCCCAAAAUUCAAUCCGGAGAAUAGCCAAAAAUGUCUUUCUCCAUCUUCACAACCUGGAUCUGGGUUUCCACCUGAGCAGACAGACAGGUGCUUUAUCUAAGGCUAUUGACAGAGGAACAAGAGGUAUCAGUUUUGUCCUGAGUGCCUUGGUAUUUAAUCUUCUCCCCAUCGUGUUUGAGAUGACUCUUGUCAGUAGUAUUUUGUAUUACAGAUGUGGUGCCCAAUUUGCCUUGGUAACCCUGGGAACACUCGGUGCAUAUACAGCCUUCACAGUUGCAAUCACCCGGUGGAGAACUAAAUUUAGAAUAGAAAUGAACAAAGCAGAUAAUGAUGCAGGUAACGCCGCUAUAGAUUCACUGCUGAAUUAUGAAACUGUGAAGUAUUUUAAUAAUGAAAAAUAUGAAGCACAAAGAUAUGAUGGAUUUUUGAAGAGUUAUGAGAAUGCUUCAUUGAAAAGUACCUCUACUCUGGCUAUGCUGAACUUUGGCCAAAGUGCUAUUUUCAGUAUUGGUUUAACGGCUAUAAUGGUGCUCGCCAGUCAGGGAAUUGUGGCAGGUACCCUUACAGUUGGAGAUCUAGUAAUGGUGAAUGGACUACUUUUUCAGCUUUCAUUACCCCUUAACUUCUUGGGAACAGUAUAUAGAGAAACUAGACAAGCACUCAUAGAUAUGAACACCUUGUUUACUCUGCUCAAGGUAGACACCCGGAUUAAAGACAAAGAGAUGGCAUCUCCCCUUCAGAUAACACCCCAGACAGCUACAGUAGCCUUUGAUAAUGUGCAUUUUGAAUACAUUGAAGGACAGAAAGUCCUUAGUGGAGUAUCUUUUGAAGUCCCUGCAGGAAAGAAAGUGGCCAUUGUAGGAGGUAGUGGGUCAGGGAAAAGCACAAUAGUGAGGUUGUUGUUUCGUUUUUAUGAGCCUCAAAAAGGAAACAUUUACCUUGCUGGUCAAAAUAUACAAGAUGUAAGCCUGGAGAGCCUUCGGAGAGCCGUGGGAGUGGUACCUCAGGAUGCUGUCCUCUUCCAUAAUACUAUUUACUACAACCUCUUAUAUGGAAACAUCAAUGCUUCGCCUGAGGAAGUGCAUGCAGUGGCAAAAUUAGCUGGACUUCAUGAUGCAAUUCUUCGAAUGCCUUGUGGAUAUGACACCCAAGUAGGGGAACGAGGUCUCAAGCUUUCAGGAGGAGAAAAGCAGAGAGUUGCAAUUGCACGAGCCAUUUUGAAGAACCCGCCAGUCAUUGUCUAUGAUGAAGCUACGUCAUCAUUAGAUUCAAUUACUGAAGAGACUAUUCUUGGUGCCAUGAGGGAUAUGGUCAAACACAGAACUUCUAUUUUCAUUGCACAUAGAUUAUCAACAGUGGUUGAUGCAGAUGAAAUCAUUGUCUUGGAUCAGGGUAAGGUAGCUGAACGUGGUACCCACUACAAUUUGCUUGCUAACUCUAGCAGUAUCUAUUCAGAAAUGUGGCAUACUCAGAGCAGCCGUAUGAAUAACUAUGGUAACUCCAAAUGGAAUGCACAGAAAGAGAAUAUGUCCAAGGAGGAGGAAAGGAAGAAACUACAAGAAGAAAUUGUCAAUAGUGUGAAAGGCUGUGGAAACUGUUCCUGCUAAGUUAUAUGAAUCUUUCUUCCUCCAUCCCUCUCUCUCCCCUUCCUCCCUUUCUUUCUCCCUCCUCCCCUCUCCUCUUUCUUUCUUACCACACAUUUGCACUGAAGCAGAAUUGUUUAAUUAAAAUCAUACAUUCCCACUUGCUAUAAUCCUUUUAAGUAGGACUUUAUUUUCAGGAGGUUUUGAGUUUUAUACCUUUCAGUCUUAACAUGGCAUCUGUAUCCCCCAAAUUAUUUUCUUGCUUUAGCCCUAGUUGUGCUCAAUACAUAAAUUUUGUUACAUUUUUA